AUGAGCGGGGGCAAUCGUUCAAAUGACAGCUUUGCGUCUGACCCGCUGCUGGCGGCAGCCAAAGUAGGCGCCUUGAGCGGCACUGCCGGAUUGAUCUAUGGCGGGGCAGCAGGAGUCAUCAGAUCUCCCAACCCAGUGAUCCAUUCACUGUCCUGCGGUAUUCACUGGUUUGCAUGUGGCUCAACCUUUUGGUGGUUGCGGAGCAACAUUAUUAAGCUUCACUACCAAGACCAAGCAUCCUCACAAGAGCGCGCGUAUGUCAGCGCUCUGUCUGGAGGAAUUUCUGGCGGACUUGUGACUAGGCUCAUGGGCGGCCGGCUAAUCCCUGGCCUUGUUGCAUUCUCAUUGCUUGGCUUCUGUGGUCAAUUUGCCUUCAAUAAAGUUGAUGCAUGGCAAGUGAACAGGGCACAGAAUCCUUCCAAACCAUUCUUCCAGCGUAUGGCUGAUAGCAAAUGGAUCCCUCUCCGGAACUUGUCCGAUGAUGAAUACCGUGGAAUUCUCAGCGAGAAAUUACUGGGUAUUGAGGCUGAAAUUGCGCUCCUUGACGAAAAGAUCGAGGAUCUUGAGAAGACUCGGCCGGCUACCUCUGCCGCUGAAAAUUAG